AUGCAAUUGCUCAAAGGACUCAUUCUGGGUCUCCUGGUGAAUAGAGGGUUUGGUCAGACAGAUCCUCUCCCAACAGAUGACGGGGCGGUCGAUACAGUGGCUGAGCCAGUCGCGACUGAUGCCCCCGAUCCUUCUGUCUUGGAGCCUUCAGCACCCCCGCCAGAAGAGAGCCCAGUGAAUACCGGAGGAGAUACCGGAGAUGCACCUACUGUAACGAUAGACGAACCCGCGCCCUCGGAUGCCAGAAAGCCAGCAGAGGAGCCCACUCCGGAACCUACCGCAGUCGAAGAUCCCCCAGAGCCCUCGGAUAUACCAGACGAUCCAGUGGAGACCCCGACUGCUGAUGCAGAGCAGCCGGAACCCACUGAUCAACCUCUGUCCUCCGAGCCCGAGCCUGCUCCCACCGCAACCGACGUCGGCCCUACUGGAACUCUGGACAAGAGUCCUGCUGAGACAGAAACAAAUGGUGAGAACACACAAACCGAUGAUCAAGAAGUUACAAAAACAGAAGCCGAGGCCGGGGUAAUCGCUACAGAGGCUCCUCUAAACUCUGCAGCAGCGGAGACCACUGCGGAAGAAGUGGCCACAUCAGGAGGUGAAGCGCAAACUACAGGCUCCGAUCCAGAUGAUGUACCGGCCACUACUGCCUCCCCCUCGGCUACUACCCAAGAUCCGAACUAUGUCGUUGGCCAAGAUACUACAAGCUCGGAAAUUCAGAAUGUUCAGACCACAACUAACACGGAUCCAGGAGAACCGACCGGAAAGAAAACCUAUGGAAUUGUAGCGCCUACCGAGACCAAGAAGGAGGACGCCGAAGAGACCCAGGACGCUGACGCAGAUGGCGAAACCGGGACUCAGCAAAACUACGAGGGUCCUACCAAUACCGGGGACAACGAGAAGCCCGAGGAGACAAAACCUGGUGACUCAGGUGCUGGCGGUAAAGCAUCUGAUAAAGCAACGGGUAAAGCGUCUGCAACAGCCACUGGUGACUCGCCGGGUCCUACCUCGGCGCCCGAAGAUAUUCCCGUUCAGCUGGAGGACUCCAAACUGGGUGACUAUGCAGCGUUCAAGGACAAAGACGGAGAAACUGUUCUUGUAUUCAGCCCACCGCCCAACGGAGAAGCAACUUGCGAUCUUCCACCAACAGGAGGUGACGACGUCCCUGUCGGCGAAUACAUCAGACUCGUCCUGUCCGUCAGAUUACAACAAGUUGGUGGCAGCGCAGUCAUAAAGGAGGACAGGACAGGAUCCCGUCUAAAGGUAUUAGUUGACAAGACUCAAGUUUACGAUCAGGAGCUUAUUGGUACCGGGGGUGAUCUACAAACUGUCUCCACUGAAAAGUUUGAGGCUGCAAAGGAUCAGAAGAUUAGGAUGAUCCAGCAAUCUGGUGAUACGCCAGUUGAGCUUGAGAUUCAGGAUGCGAAUCUUCAACUUGCGAAUUCUGUGAAGGAAUCUGGAGAUGAUGACAAAGGUGGGGACGAUGGGAAGGGAGGUGAUGACGGAAAGGAGAGUGAUGGUAGCAAAGGUGGUGAUGAUUCUGGUAAAGAUAAUGGCGAUAAGGAUGGUGGUGGAGACUCUGGCUCUGGCUCCGGCUCCGGAUCUGGAUCUGGGGACGCAGAUAAGGGUAAGGACUCGGGCGACGGUGGCAGUUCCGGUGGCAACGGAAGUGGUGAUGAUGGAAGCAAAGGGGACACUGGUGGAAGCGACAGUGGCAGCGGAAGUGGAGGCAAUGGUGACAGUGGUUCUGGUUCAGGGUCAGCGUCAGGAACCAGCGACGAAGGCUCAUCUCCGUCUGCUACUGCAGGCAGUGAGGGUGCAGUAAAUGCAGCCGGAAAGCUCCAGAUGGUGAGCGAACUCCUCAUGUAUGCUUUACCACUAGCUGCUGCAUUCAUGGGGUAG